UUUGCAAGGGCGACCACACAGGUGGAACAGGUCGGACGGCGUGAGCAACACACCCAGCUUAUAAGAGAGAGAGAGAGAGAGGGGAGGGGGACGCUUGGCUCAGGAUUCGGAGAGGGCUUGUUGGCUCAGGAUUCGUAGAGGGCUCUCUUCCUUGCCAGCCACACGGUAAAGUCGGCGGUCCCAUCUACCUGCGUCUGAGCGGCUUCUUGUAUCGCCAAAGUGCCUUACCGCACACGGAGGCCCUCUCGCUCCUCUCGCUCGCUCGCAGCUCAAUAAUCACCUGCAGCAGUUGCAAUUCGCAGGGCUCGUGAGGAAGAAGAAGAAGUCGGCCAUGGAUGCACCUCCACCUGUCCACACCACUGGCCCCUCACCUGGGGAUAUCUAUGGCCAGGCCUCCAUCUCGCCCAACCUCCCGCUCGGUGCGGAUCUCUGUCGGAGGCUGUCGGGGAUUCUCAUCAUGCCAGAGCUGAUAUUCGGAGCUCUGGUGUGGAUCAUGAUUGCGGCCACCAACGUGGUGUAUGCCACGCAGCUGGCCCACGGAUGGAUCUUGUUCGUGUCGGUGACCCUGUGUUUUAUUUCACUCGCCCAGUUCAUCAUAUACCUUCUGUCCAUCCCCCAGCAGACCUAUGCCUGGGUGGCACUGGAUGCUGCCUACAAUUCCAUGGCAUUUCUGUUGUACUUCAGCGCAGCGGUGCUUCAAGUUUAUUUAACAGCAAGCAUAGGGCAACUCCCUAUAUCGCUUUCGCCAAAUUUCAGAAUGUAUCAGCUCAACAUCGCCGCAACAGUGUUCAUUUUCAUCGUGACCGCCCUUUAUGGAGCCAGUUCCUUCAUCAGCCUCAAACGGUGGAAGAAUCGUCAGCCAUAAACAGGACAACAUGUGCUCGAGAAGGAUUUGUGGACCAUCGUCUGCUUCAAAACUGGAUGUGCUUUUGUCUUUUUUUUUUAUAAAUUUUUUAAUUGUUGUAUACGUAACUACAGUUUUAAAUUGUUACAAAUUUACUUGUAAAACGUGUAACUUGUUUUUUUUUCCCAUUGCCUGUCAUUUCUGCAUUUCUAUCAAGUUUUAUGAUUACAAUUUUAAGGGGUUUUUAUUUCAUCAAAAUUUUCGCUGUCUUUUGCCAUAAUAGUAAGCUGGCUUGAAUCUGUAAUGCACAGAGGCUUGCUGAAAUCGGUGGUAUGUUUCAAAUCUACACGUUUAUAUAGAGGGAGAAGUAAUUGGAGUGGAGUGCUGCGUAAUUGUUGUGGCAUUUUUUGUUGUUCCGCACCAGAUAGAGGUUGUCAAGCCAGCAUAAAUAACUUAUGUGUCCUAGAUGCCCUUGAUGAUCAGUGGGUUAAAUAACGCACAUUUGUUUUACACCGGUAACUCUUUGGAGACCGACCUUCCUGUGUAUUGGACCUUACUCUCCUUGCCAUCUCCAAUGCACUGCAUACUCUCAAGUCCUUCCGAAAUCUUUAUUGAGUGGGAUAUUUUACCCAAAGUUAUCUGGUAAAGUGUUUUUCCAGGGUAGACAGCCCCAAUAUAGAAGUAACGUGUGAUUGAUGAAAUGGUAUAUAUUUUUUACGAUAGCCAAGUCCUUUAAUAAACCUCGUGGAUUAAUUUCAUUUCGCUGUAUUUAAUUUGUUUACUCUGAGUUUAGUUUUACCAAAUGCUCGAAAUGAACAUUUUCCCAUUCUAAAACGUAUUCAUUCUACAGCUCAUGUUGAUUGCAAUUUCCCCUCUUCAGAAACAUCGUAGUCCAUAUAGGAGUUGGAAGAGUUCUAAACAGUGCCGCUAUACACGUUUGGUGUACAACGAAGUGCCCGUAUUGCAAACUAUUUUGACUACCGGUUUAAACAUUAUUGCAAGUGACACUUGCAUUUGUAAAUCAGAUUAAUCUGCCCUGGAUAUGAAUUUUUUUUUAUUUACAAUGCCAGGGUAGUGCAACUUAGUACAGUACUUGAAUGGGAGACUGCUGAUCACCAGGUGUUGUAAAGUUGAGCCUCGCUGCUGGGUGGGCCAGGUGGUACAGCAAUUGCUUCCUUGAGUCUCUCCAUGCGGAGCUCUGAGUGUCGCCCCCUCCUGUACUUGGUGGGUUUUCUCCGAGUUCUGAGUUUGUCCCACAAGAAGCUAAACACUCAUUAUAGGAAUUGGCCAAAGAUGUGUCAUAAGACCCUCUCUGAAAAAAUAAGUGUUUUAAUUCAGUAAAUCCGAAUCAAAAUCUUUAUUUUAGAUUGGAGGAAUCUGAUGAGCUAUGAAGCUGUUUAAAAAAAAUAGAUUUCCAGUAGGUGUGGGUCAAAAAGUUACAACAAAAAAACAAUACAACAACCGAUAAGAGUGCAAAGUAUAGGAAAGGUAAGCAAGUCCUUAAAAAUAAAUAAAUGAAAAGAAAGCAUACGUACAAAUUGCUAAAGUAUAUCAAUUGAAGCGUUCAUUCCCAGGGUGUACAAUGCUUUGUUCAUUUUAGUUGCAAGUACAUAUUUCACUUGCGGGCAAAAUCUCCUGUUACAUGUUGCAUUAUUUCUAAUUAUAUGUCAAUCUGUUUAACACAGAGGCUUUCGUGACCAAUAUCAUCCAUUAUAGAAGUUUUUGGGUUAGAUCACGUAAAUAUGUAAAUGUGUCGUUAAAACCCACCACCACCCGACACAAGCAACUAGUAAGGGUUGUCACGCAAACAGAACAUGCCAAUUCGUCACUAGCACAGCACACCGGUGUGUUGGAGAGCCAAGCCACAGCAUUUUGUAAAUAUUUGUCAAUCUUCUUGGUUCUUUCGGUAAAGUCGCGUAGAAGGGAAAUAAUGAAAUAAUAUGAAUAUAAAACUAUAAAAAUUCUCACGACGUUUCGACUGCAACACAAGCAAUCCUCAUCAGGUGUGAAAUCCACAGCAAGAAAAUUCUUGCUGUGGAUUUCACAUAUUUAUAUUAUUUCAUUAUUUCCCUUCUACGUGACUUUACCGAAAGAACCAAGAAUAUGAAUCCCUGCAGUCACGAAAGCUUUAAAUCAAAGUUUGUCAAUCUGUUAAUGGGUUGCGGGCUGCCUAGGGCGAUGUGGGUCACAGCAUCGUUUGACUGCUCUUCACCACGCUGGUGAGUGUGUGUGUGUGUUGGUGAAAAGCCUGUUUUAGCUCCCUCCCACUGGACAUGUGAUGAAUCGAAAAUGCAUUUUCUACAUGCGAUUUUUUUUUACUUCUGUCAGAUCGAUUUGUGAUUUGUUCUUGGAAAAUGUGUGCCUGUACCAUUGUAUACACUUGCAUAUCAAUCGUAUUUACACUGGUCAUACACCGACACAACAGGAGAUGUUUUGUUCAAAUGGGAUAUUUUGUGUCUCUUGUCCCCAAAUCUUAGUUUUACACAGGAUCUGAGUGAAUGAAUUUGUGUGUUUGUGGUAACAAUUGGGACCAUACAAUACUGUUAAUAUUGUAUACGCACUGCGUAAUGGAAUGACACCACAAUUCUCUUAAGUCCAAUUUAUAAAAUGAUUUCACGUUUUUAUCAACAUGGGCCUGCAGUCAAUGCUCUAUUGAUAUCAAUUGUUGAGUUGCCCUUAUUUUAAAAUAUUUAGAUUAUUUUUUCCUUACAUAGCAUUGUCUUCAUUUAAAAUGGUAAACAAUGUUAUUGUGAGACUUAAACAUUAAUUUGCUGUUGGGUGCUUGAAGCAAUGCUGACGAUCAAGCCGUUUGUUCCAUGUCACAGCUAUGCUCUGCUAAAAUCGGUGAAUUUUAACCAGUAUAAUGGUUAAAGUCUCUUGAAGAAAGAUAUCACUUGCCAAGGAACAUUGGUUGACAUUCAAACACCUCCACAAACGCUGGUCCAUAAGUGACGACGCAAAAAGCCCACAUUGUUUGGCAAUUGCUGACCCCUGGACACCCUGGAAAGUGGGAUGUUCUAUCUCUCCAAAUAUGUUUUGGGUAAAAUAGUUUAGGACAUGAAAAACAAAACCAUGGUCUCAAGUCUCAUUGUGGGACAACAUUCCAUCACUGUUCUGUACAAAAUUGUGGCUACUUUGUCAUAUAAGCUCUGGCAGUAAAGUCACCAUAUUGUGUUAUAUGUCCUUUAUUUUUGCAGUACUUCAGAAAAAAUAACCACUUUAUCAGCCUUUCAAUGUUGUGAAAUGUUGUAUCCGUUCGGCAGUGCAUUGGUAAAGGGCUGUACGUUAAUGUAAUUGUUUGGUUUAAUAGGUGUGUGCACAUGUUGUUGAUAGGUGGCGCUACAGCCUUGCGUAUUUUACAGUCGAGGCAAAUGCAUUCACAGGUGACAAGCAAGUGAUCUAUGGCCGUGCAGGUUAUUCAACAAACCGCAGUGAAUCAACAAACAGCAUUGAACAACUUUCAUAGGUGUACAUUUAUCUUACUCAAAUGAACGGUCAAAUUGUGUUUAUGUAUAACUGAUGCUAUAAAAUGAAUACCACCAUUUACAAAACCACAAGUGUGGGUUGGGAUCACUGUAAAAAGGAAAAUUCACUGAUGGUUGUGUGCUCUGGUCAUUAUCUAUAGCAACAAUAAAAACAGUUGUUGAAA